AUUACUUAUUCAAAAACGGAUUUUACUUCAGUAUCAAUUAUUUGUAUAGAUAGAUAUAUAGAUAGACUUUUUUUUUAUUGGUACACCCUGGACUGGUAGCCAGCCCUCGUGAGGAAAAAGCGGUAGAAAAUGAAUGAAUGAUUGAUUGACCCCUGACCUUGACUGUAGUUAUGGUGCUAGCAUGAUGCUUUAUGUUUACAGUCUGUGGUUCUAGCCUCUUAUAACAUGGAGUAAAAUGUAAUCUGCGGAUUGGAUUUAAUUAAGGAAAUAAGAAGCUUUGGAUAACAUUGAGAGCGACUAUAGAAGCAACAAUGAAUGUCGUUAAGAUGUACGUCUUAGCAAUAUGGAGCUAACUGCAUUACUUGAAACUGCAGCUAUAUACAAGAGAGAGGCUAACAUUGCGGUCCUUUAGUCGCACAGUUCCAAAGUGGGAGGGGGUACGCAGUGUUCUUUGCAGGAGUUGACUUAAAUGGCUGGAGAGCACCCCCGGAGCACGAGCUGUUUCUUCCUUUAAGGAGAAUUAAAUGAGCUUUUUUAACUCGGGACUGACUCAUCCUGCUUGGCCUCUAAAGCUAAAGGUGGCGUGCCUUUGUAGCUUCUCAUUGGUCGGUGGAGUAGGCUGAUAAAUGCACUUUUAUAUGCUAAUUCGGCUGCACGCUGACAGCAUAUGUUGGCCUCAUGCUGCCCAGGCUUUGAAUUCAUUAGUCAUAUCCUCAAUUUUUAUCCAAUUUCAUAUCUCUUCAUAUAAAUGAGGGGGACAUAUUCAGUUGGCAUAACUGCAUCGUUCUAAUGACCAAUGGGGGCAUAAAGGAGUAACUAUUAUGUUCAGAGAUAUAUUAAUAUACCAAACAAAGCGGGAUUUUCUGUUUUGACAAUUUAGAACAGGGGUCUCAAACACGCGUCCCGCGGGCCAAAUGUGGCACACAGGACACAAGUUUGAGGCCCCCGCCUUGAUAUGAAAGUUUAAUGUCAGUGCGUCCCGCGCAAGUUUGAUAUGGAUGCUGUAUGGUAUCAUGUACCCAGAAAAAAUUAUUACGUUUGAUUCAUGUUCAUGUUAAAGGUUAAAUAACUGUUAAUAGUUAUCCUCCCUACCCGUGUGGAAGUGGUAAGUUUUUGGCUAUUUAAGUUGAAAGGAAAUAACUUGGAGGCUCGAUACGUUGUAUAUUAUGUUGUUUAUAUUCGGUGUCGGGCUGCACGGCGGUCGAGUGGUUAGUGUGCACACCUCACAGCUGUGAGAACCGGGUUCAAUUCCACCCUCGGCCAUCUCUGAGUGGAGUUUGCAUGUUCUCCCUGUGCAUGCGUGGGUUUUUUUUCCGGGUACUCCGGUUUUACUCCCACAUUCCAAAAACAUGCUAGGUUAAUUAGCGACUCCAAAUUGUCCAUAGGUAUGAAUGUGAGUGUGAAUGGUUGUUUGUCUAUAUGUGCCCUGUGAUUGGCUGUACCCCGCCUCUCUCGAAUGAAUGAACGUGAUUCCUUGCCAUAUUCAAUACUAUGAUAAAAAAGUAGCGAAUAAAUGGCCACCAUGUUGGAAUUGAGCAUUUCUCCUUGGCGAUGGGAAGAGGAGGAUAAUGGAAGAGACAGCCAUGAGGAAAGUGCUCUCCUCAGCCCUGACUCAUGCUCCUCUCUCCUCCCCUUGCUUUUUCUUCUUCUCUCCUCCUCCUCCUCACUCUCUCUCUCUCCUUUAGAAGACUUUUUUCUCUUUCCAGACUCUCCUGUCCGUCACUCACACAAUCCUCCCGGCUCUCUCCGAGCAUCAUCUCCACGUCUGCGUUCUUCACCCGACAGCCACCAUUCCCACCUCGGAGAGCUCCACGCUGGCAGCGCAGCCCCUUCCCCGGCUGAGCAUCGGGCGUAAGACCCUGGUGGCAGCCGCCGUGGGGGUCAUGCUGGUUCUGGUACUGGUGGUGCUCAUUCCCGUGCUGGUCAGCUCCGUGGGGAUGGGCGGUGGCGAGGACGGUGCCGGUCGUUACGAGAUGCUUGGAACCUGCCGCAUGGUGUGUGACCCCUUCCCCACGCCGGGCACCGGGGAGCCGGUUACUGCCGAGCGACAGGUGGACGACGGAGACGAGGCGGGAUUGGCCGAUCACAGCAUCGGACCGCCGUUGCCGACGUACGGCGCUCACGGCUCCCACGGCAGACCUGGAAGCCCCGGUAAGCCUGGACCCCCUGGGCCCCGUGGAGAACCGGGCCCUCCAGGGCCAAAGGGGCCACCAGGGGAUGCUAUGGAUGUCGUACGGACCGGGAUUCUAAACUUAGGCGAUAAAGGCUCCGCGACGUACAACACCACGCCCCGAGUUGCUUUUUACGCGGGGCUCCGGAAUCCGCAGGAAGGCUACGACAUCCUGCGCUUCGACGACGUCGUGACCAACAUCGGGGGCAAUUACGAGGGCGCCACGGGGAAGUUCACCUGUAAGAUUCCCGGCACCUACUUUUUCAUAUACAACGUUCUGAUGAGGGGCGGAGACGGCACUAGCAUGUGGGCCGACCUGAUCAAGAACGGUCUGGUGAGGGCCAGCGCCAUCGCCCAGGACCAGGACCAGAGUUACGACUACGCUAGCAACAACGUUAUUCUCCACCUGGACGCGGGCGAUGAGGUUUUCAUCAAACUGGACGGCGGAAAGGCGCACGGCGGCAACAGCAACAAGUACAGCACCUUCUCGGGCUUCAUUCUCUAUGCCGACUAGCGCGACCGCUUGCUUGACUUUUCACUUGCAAGCGAAGACGACGUUGCCCACAGCCACUGAUCGACAGUCACGUAAGCUGGAUUAGUGGUUAUGGGUAAUGGGUCUACCUCUUUUGUCCAUUCAGGGUGCCUACGCCGCCAUUCCGAUGACCCGACCUAACACGUCAUAUCGUGCCAAAGUGCGGUCACGAUUCCGACAACAUCAUCUCCAAAUCGGAAUCUCUUGUUUGUUGGUGUUCUUGCAUUCUUAUUAGUGCGCUAAAGUGUCGUAAUCUUUGAGAUCGGAGGCCAGAAUGAGAUUGUCUUUGUGUAGCAGAUCUGAUAUUGAACCUUGUCAGUCCGAGUCCUGUUUGUUUGAGACUUUGAUGAAAUAUUUGUGCCGUGUGACGUGCGAACAUGUUAGCAUCUGUUGAACUUCAGCAUGCAGCACCUGUUAAAAUCGAUACGGAAACGAAUUAAAGGUCCCCUAUUGUGAAAAUUUGACUUUUUGAUGAUGUUCUGCCAGUAAUAUGUCCCAAAAUGUAAUGAAAACUAAACAGGUUUUUUUUUUUAGAAAAGUUUGGGUUUUGAGGCAGGGUUUGAACCCCUUUCUCAAGGAAAUGAGCUGUGAUCGCAACUUUGUGGAAAAGCAGGCUUCGCUACACACCAAAAACCAAAAAAUAAAAGCACUACCGACUAUUGGUUUGUCAACAUUAUUAUUUAACCUUUAACAUGAACAUGAAUCAAACGAAAAAAAAAUUUCCGGGUACAUGAUACCAUACAGCAUCCAUAUCAAACUUGCGCGGGGCCGCGCUAACAUUAAACUUUCAUAUCAAGGCGGGGGCCUCAAACUAGUGUCCUGCGGGCCACAUUUGGCCCACGGGCCGCGUGUUUUGGACCCCUGUUCUAAGCCAACCUACCAUGAUGUUGAAACACGAUUAAUGUCAGAACUGAAACUAUGCUACCGUCGCUAACGUUCGUGAACGUCAAUCAACACAAUGUGUUGCGGCGCUCAUUUGCAUUAAAGCUGCAGACACAAAACGGAGCUCACGAAAAACACUUUCCUCGCCUGUUAAAAUGGCUGAAAAAAAUAAUAAUAUGGGACCUUUAACAGUUUUUGACGUUUGUUGGUUUUUGGAA